AUGGGCGAUUUCACCGCCGCCGGGGAUGGCAUCAGCGGUCACUACCAGGGCACCUCCCUAGGCAUGCAGAUCGCCAUCGCAACUCUUGCUGGUAUCACUUGGUACAAUGCCUUCGAGCUAAUGAUCCUCCUCUUUGUCACCUUCGCAGAAUAUCGAGGACUCUACUUUUGGAGUUUAUUUAUUUCCUCCUCCGCUGGUCUACUUCCUUACUCGCUGGGCUUCAUGCUCAAAUUUUUCAAAAUCACCGAGCAUCUUCCAUGGCUCCCUGUCACUUUGCUCACAAUUGGAUGGUGGUCCAUGGUCACCGGCCAGUCUGUUGUCCUGUACUCGCGCCUACACUUAGUCCUAUCAAACCAGCGAGUCCUGCGUCGCGUGUUGACCAUGAUCGUGAUCAACGCAAUCAUCCUCCAUCUUCCCACUACGGUCCUCACCUACGGUACCAACAUGGCUAGCGACGCCACCCUGGGCUCGUGGACGAAAGGCUACAAUAUAAUGGAAAAGAUCCAAAUGACAGGCUUUUGCCUGCAGGAAUUCAUCAUUUCAGGGCUAUAUAUCUGGGAAACGGUACGCAUGCUACGCCUAGACCCGGACCGUACCAAGCGCAAGAUUCAGUACCAACUACUGGUCAUCAACUUCAUCAUCAUCAUUUUGGACUUGGGCCUGCUCGUCGCCGAGUACUUGGACUUCUACAUCAUGGAAACCAUGCUCAAAGGAGCCAUAUACAGCAUCAAGCUAAAGCUUGAAUUUGCCGUCCUUGGUAAACUCAUUCACUUGGUACACAAUCACGUCUGGAAACCCGAAUCGUUCUCUGCGCCAAGCGAACUCCCCGAUUUUGUCGACGCAAGCCGUGUAACCUCCGAUGUGACCCGUGCCGUCCCUGGUGUCGUUCAACGCAGGCCUUCCCGGAUGGAAGCUGAUGACAUUUCUAUCGCCUUGUUCGAACAUUUACCGGCCGAACGCAUACGAACCAAUUCCGGCUCAUGGAGCAAUGAAGCCCGCGCUUAUCAUGUGGAUCACCUCCCGAUCGACUUUACCAAUUCUCUCUGCCAUUAUCCGCGUCACCAAAGUCGUCGCGGACUUCUCGAGAAACCGGGAUGA